CUUCCACGACCUCACGUCGCCACUGCACAAAGACGCAGGCACGACAACAGAUCCCCAGCAGGAGCCGCUAUGAGGACGGCGAGCUUGGGAAAGUAUUGAUCUGCCUCGUCGCGUUGCACUGCAUCUCCGUUGGCCUCCCGCUGCUCUUUUGCGAUCCAUCACAUUCCGCGCUCAUCAUCCUUUCGCAACACUGAUAGCACCAUCUUACCGACCUUCACUUGUGGCGAGCAAGUAAAAGCAGCAGAAUUCAAUUCGCAUCUGCUGACCGCUCACUUCGCCACAAACACACAAGCAUCAUUCUACCCAACACGAUCUCUACCAGAUCAUACCAUCGCUGUCGAUGGUGUAACCCAACAACAUCACACAGAGAGCAAUCUAUCCCGUUUGCUUCUCACCGAGUUUGUGAGACAAGAUCUCACUGAGCCAUUCAUUCGGAUACAUAAGCUCCUUACAUCGACAUUCGAUCCGUAAGGCGCCAUGUCCGGCAAUCAACCACAACGCGGUGGUCGCGGCGGAGGCCGUGGCGACCGAGGCGGCGGCGGCGGCGNNCGACUUCCAAGGAGGUCGAGGCAGAGGCGACUUUCAAGGUGGCCAAGGCCGAGGUGGCUUUCAGGGUGACCGCGGUCGUGGCGAUUUUCGAGGAGGCCGCGGUGGACCUCCCGGCAGGGGCCAGUCCUCACAAGUGCCCUUCAGAGGUGGCCGUGGAGGCGGUGGCGGAGGUGGGCCACGAGAAUUCCCAGGAAUCUAUCUCGAGUCUGCGCCUGUCGCAGCUCCCGACGCAAGCAUCACAGCUGCCGAGGACGCGCUCGCACUGCAAACCAAGGGAAAAAUCAUCGAUGGCUUUCCUGGCCGUCCGGGAUUCGGGACCAAAGGCAAGCCCAUUGUGCUAAGGACCAAUUACUUCAAGAUCACCACCGCGUACGAGGCCAAGCAGCCUGAGGUUCCGCUGUAUCGCUACGCGGUUAAUAUCCGCGAGACGAGUGUCAGCAAGCCCAAGCUGCGACGUUUGUUCAACGAAAUAUUCAAGCAUCCCGCCUUCUCCCAAGUGAAGUGGGCCACCGACUAUGCUACCAUCCUGGUCACAACUGACAAGCUUGAUCUUGAGAAAAUGCAAAAGGGCGAGGAGAUCAAGGUCACUCUGCCAUCAGAGGACGGUGCAAGUCCGCAGCCAUCUCAGGGUGAGCAAGUUCCCGACUUUGUCAGGAGAGCCCGGGACCGCAACACGUUCCAUUUCAAGAUUCGUUACAUGGACUCAUUCAGCCUGAAGCAAAUGAUCGACUUCCUCCAAAGCACCUCUUCCGGUGCUUUGUACGCAGGUCGCGUUGAUCUAAUCCAGCUUCUGAACAUCAUUGUUGCCAAGGCUCCCAAUGAGAUGGCCAAUGUCAGGAGUGUGGCCGGCAACAAGUUCUACCCGUACAACGGACAUCAAGGCGUGGAGUACAAAGACCUUGGUGAUCAUCUCGAGGCUCUGCGAGGUUACUUCUCCUCCGUUCGACCCGCCAUCUCUCGGCUUUUGGUCAACAUCAACGUCACGAGCGGAGCUUUUUUCAAGGCUCAGCAUCUCCUCCAGGUCUUCUCCAACACCCGGAACAGCUUUGAACAGCUAGAGGCUUUCGUGCGCAUGCUCAAAGUGGAGGCGCGAUACGUGAAAGAUGGCCAGCCACAGCCGUUUAUGAAGAAGACGAAAACGAUUGUUGGAUUUGCCAAGUCCACCAACACGAUCAGGGUCAAGCGUUUUGGCAACGCAAACGAAGUCAAAUUCAGCUACGUCGAUCGAUCAAUUCCGAAUGCAAGAGCUCGCGAGGUCACAGUUGCUCAAUACUUCAAGCAGCAGCAUGGAAUCACCUUGAGGAGCGCCAAUCUCCCUGUACUCAACGUGGGCACGAGAGCCGACCCCCAGUAUCUGCCCGUGGAGUUAUGCUGGAUUACACCUGGCCAAGCGUACCGCCGACUGCUGAGCGGAAAUCAGACAUCUGAAAUGUUGCGAUUCGCAGCACGCGCUCCCAACUUGAAUGCCAUGUCCAUUGCAGGCGUGGCAGGCACUCCUGGAAAUGGCCUGCGAUUGUUGCGCUUAGCCAACCCGAACGGCAACCCACAGGCCGAUUCUGUACAACCGUUCGGCUUCAGAGUGGGCACGGAGAUGAUCAGCGUGCCGGGCAGGAUCCUCCCUUCUCCAACAGUCAAGUAUGGCAGCAAGGAUGCUUCUACUGCGAACGGAGCGUGGAACCUCAAGGGUGCGAAGUUCGAUAAGCCAGGGAAAUUCAAUCGCUGGCAGGUGUUGAUCAUAAACCAUCAAGGCAAUAAUGGUCAAGCAAUGAGGGGUCCUCCUGAAGGAACGAUCAAGGCCCUCGAGCAGGCUCUCAAGGACUACAACAUUCAGAUGGGAUCACGAGGUCCCACUUUCCAGAUAACGUUGGCUGCUUUGAAUGUGACGAAUCGUGCCGCCAAUGACCAGGUGCUGAAGAGCGCUUUCGAGAAAGCGGAGGGGAGCAGAGUUGACAUGCUCUUCAUCAUCUUGCCUGAAGCGGACCGAUGGCUCUACGCGCGAAUCAAGUUCUUCGGAGACGUCGAACACGGUAUCGGAACGAUCUGCUCCGUUGGAUCUAAAUUGGAAAACGACAAAGGUCAGCAGAUGUACUUCGGAAAUCUCGCACUGAAGUUCAACCUCAAGGGCGGCGGUGUGUCGCACAGUGUUGUGAAUACUGUCAGCCCUCCGAUCGACAACAACACCAUGCUGGUGGGCAUCGAUGUCACCCACCCGUCUCCUGGAAGUGUCGAAGGCGCGCCAAGCAUUGCCUGUGUCGUGGCAAGCGUUGACUCCAGAAUGUUUCAGUGGCCAGGAAGUAUUCGCACCCAGACUGGCAGACAGGAAAUGGUUGGUGGUGCAGAUGCAAACAGCGUCGAUCAUUUGGAGGAGAUGUUCAACGAGCGCUUGAACCUAUGGGUCAAGAGAAACCAGAAGCUACCCACGCAGAUCGUUAUCUACCGUGAUGGUGUCUCCGAAGGGCAGUACCAUCAAGUUCUGGAUAUCGAGCUGGCUUCGUUUGAGAAGGUCUUUGAAAAACGCUACGGAGACAAGAAGAAAUGGCCCAAGAUCGCCAUCAUCAUCGUCGGAAAGCGACAUCACACCAGGUUUUAUCCUACCCGCAAAGAAGAUGCGGACCAACGCUCUCUGAAUCCCCUGCCUGGCACAGUCGUUGAUCGCGGAAUCGUUGGCAAAAUCGUUCGCGAGUUCUACCUGCAGGCUCAUCAAGGUCUGCAGGGCACCGCUCGCCCGGCUCACUACGUCGUGAUCAAAGACGACAUCUCCUUCAGCGCCGAUGCUCUGGAACAAUUCACGCACCAUUUGUGCUACCUGUUCAACAGGGCCACGAAGGCAGUCUCCAUUUGCCCUCCCGCCUACUACGCCGAUCUGCUUUGCGAGCGUGGCCGGUCGUACCUAUUCAGCAAGCUGGCAGAGAAUAAUGCCAGCGAUGUUUCCGUCAGCGAUGGUGGCGACGAUGAGUGGACUGGAGGCGUUCACGCAAGACUGCAAGAGACUACUUGGUACGUCUAACCGCACAGUCACUGGCCCGUAGACAACACACGGGAGCACGGCAUUUGCUAUGAUACCGUCACCGAACGCUGCAAUGCUUGCACGAUGCUUGAUCAGGCAUCCCUCUUCAUGAUCAUAUGUGGUCUUGUUGGUCACCACACUCCUUUGAGAUUCUCCUUUGUUAUGUUUGGACUGGAAAUGGGAACGAUGUUUUGACAUCACUCAUUGAUUGGAAACAAC